AUGUUCGAUGAGUUAGUCCUGCUGCUAGACACGCCUGCCUAUGAGCAUGUUUCAGCUGUCAUCGUACAAGAAACACAUUGGAAGCAUGAGUCUACCUGGAGGGCAUCGGGCUGGAGUUGCGUGCAUUCUGGCUGCGAGUCUGAGUCCUACACGGGCAUCCUGGUCAUGGUCAGGGGUAAGCUUGCGUCGCAUGAACUUAUCAGGUACGAUGUGGUGGCACCGGGGAGAGUCCUACAUGUGCGAGUCCCGUUCGGACCUCAUGAACAUGAUCGCUCGCUCGACCUGAUUGGCAUUUACCAGUACCCGUGGGACACUCGAAAACCCAGAGCGCAACUGCUUGAGGCGCGCGCGGGCAUCUGGAAGAAGCUGGAUGUUGUGCUGCGGCGCUUGCCUCGCCGAAACCUCCUGUUUGUCUGUGGCGACUGCAAUGUGCAACUGCCGGCUCAGGACAGGCAUGUGGGCACAGGAGUCGUAUUGCGAGAUUCUGAACGCCAGCAGGCCACUGACUCUUCAGCACUACUUAAGGUCGUCAUGACUCAUGAUCUCUGUGCAUUAAACACAUGGCGGGGACCCAAGAAACAGGCUCACACCUACAGCAUGGGGGAUGCUCGGACCUUGAUUGACUUUGUCUUUGUGCGUGUGUCGGAUGCUGAUAAGAUCGCUAAAGGCUGCCUUCCAUUACAGGAAUUUCCUAUUGCAGACUGGCGCUUAGAUGGCAAGCAUCGGGCUAUCAUUGGCAGCCUCUCCACCCGCUGGCAGGUCAGGGCCUGUCGAAGACGUGGGCCAAGCUACAAUCAGGAGGCCCUCCUGUCGGCCUAUCAGCAGGAUCCCACUCUGUCGGAGGUGUUUAGUCGAUUCGAGACAUUGAUGACGGGGACGCCGGGGGAUGCUGAAUCGCUUUCAAACUGUCUGCUGCAGGCGUGUCAACAGGUGUAUCCGAUGAAGUCCCAGGCCGAGGCAGGACAACCAGAGGACCGCAUGCAGCUUGUAAGGGGGCCCAUUGCUACUAUGUGGCAAACCUGGCGAGAAAUGCGUGCUGUUCGAGCUGUCACGCUACGCUCCAUUGUGAAUGCCUGGAGACUCAGAGUCCAAUUACGGGCACAAAAGAAGGUAGUGGAGAAAGCCAGCCGGGCGCAGCGCAAUCAGCGUGUGCACGGCCUGCUUGCACAGGCUGAGGAGGAUGAUCGGAAUCACAACGCACGGGGCCUUUACUCAAUUGUUCGAAAGCUUGCUCCGAAGCAGAGAUACCGACCACUGCAGGUCAAAACUGAAAAAGGCAUAUGCUUGUCCGGACGUGAGGAGGUUGCAGAGCUCAAGAAUUUCUUUGAUGGGGUUUUCUGUGGCACUCCGGAGGUCUCUGUUAGCCCAUGGAACAAGCCCUACUGCCCUGAUGUGGAGGCCAUUGCUACCGCUCUCCGAAAACUGCCUGCACACAAAGCUGUGCCACAAUGCUGUGCGCCGUCCCUUGUGUGGAAGGCAUGUGCUACUGCCCUGGCGCCAUACAUCCACGCUACGUUUGAGGACAUGAGUGAAAUGCACACACCCAUGGUGCCCAACCGGUGGAAGGACGGAUGGAUGGUGCUGGCUCCGAAGGCUGGCAAGCCGCUUUGCCGAGCAUGUGAUGUCAGGCCCUUAGCACUGCAGGAUCCGGGUGGCAAAGCAGCUAUCCGUACUGUAAAGGAUGCCAUUCAGCCCUACGUCGAUGAGUACAUGAAGUUCAUACCCCAGUAUGCAUAUUUGCGGAAUCGGGAUGGACAACUUGCCAUACUUCGUGCAUGCGCGCAUCUACGUCAGGUUCGUGACAUGGUUGCGGGGCAGAAGUACACAGUACACAACUAUCGUGAUGGGCAUCGACGGCUGGCCCUUUGUGGUGGUUUGGCCCUAAGCCUGGAUCUGCGCAUGGCGUUUGAUGUGUUACCGCGUAGGUUGGUGGAGCGAUCAUUGAGAGACGCGAAAAUACCGGAAGGCCUCAUUUCACUGAUCAUGGCUUGGCUGGUUGGUUCAUCGUAUCAUAUCACACAUGCAGGGGAUGCCUUCACACUCACCCCAACGAGGGGUAUCAGGCAGGGGUGUGUCCUUUCACCGUUGAUCUGGACAUGUGUCACGGGAACCAUGGUGAGGGACCUACUCUCGCGGGGUAUUUCCAUUGCAGACUUGGACCUUUACGCGGACGAUUUCCUGCACCUGGAAACCCUUCAUGACUACGAGGCCUUUGAGCAUGCGCUUAGGCGGAUGGGUGUUAUCAUCCAAUACUUGCAGGACCAGGGCUUACAAGUCAGUAUGGACAAAACCGUCGUACUCAUGAGGAUUGCGGGAACUCGAUCAUCCAUGGCUAUGGCGAAGCAUACCUACAAGCGCAAGGAUCGUGAGGGCAAUGAACAAUUGUACAUCAAAAUCCCGACUGAGCAUGCCACCCUCCAUUUGCCGGUUGUUAAGGAGCACAAAUACAUGGGUAUCAUGGCGACUUACUACGGAUUCGAGGACUGCACUCUCUCGCAUCGUAUUUCUGCUGCUAAGAAUGCGUACACGCGCCUCAAGCCGUUUCUACGCAGUCGGAAACGAUUGUCGCUACCAGGGAGACUUCGGAUGUGGUGGACAUGUGUGUGGUCGGCGCUGCGCUAUGCGCUUCCCAGUAUCGGGGUCACGUCCUCGGGCGCCACUACGCUGCGGGGGCUCAUUGCUACACACAUGCGUGCGCUUGCGGUGUCACCCAGGCACAUCACUGGUGAGAAUACGGACACUCUGUUUGCCAGGCUAGGAGUUGAUGAUCCAGUUCACAUGAUUACAGCUCUUGCGCGCACGCAAUGUGCCAGACUUCAGAAGCUUUAUGGGCAGGUGGACCAAGGUGCAGUUAGCAAGGACAUGGUCGCGCAGGCGGAGUGGUCUCUUGAGCAGUGGGUGCAACAUGCGAACAGCGACACCAGGUCGCACAUGCGAUUGAAGCGAUUGAGUGAUGUUGGUGAGGGCGUGCCGUGCCCUCAUUGUGGCCUCUACUUCAUCUCAGAGCUUGCUGUCACCACUCAUAUUGGACACCAGCAUGCGGAUCUGCAUCGACAGGUUCGGGAGGAAGUGAGUGAGAUGCAGGCUUCGGACAUGGGCGUUGAUGGCAUGCCUACAUGUAGAUUUUGUCUGAAAAAGUUCCAUGGAUGGCAGAAUCUUAAAAGACAUGUCAAACUUGGGCGGUGUCCAGCGAUGCAUGGUCGGACUGCAGCGGGUGCCUCAGCUGUAGCAGUGGUGGACACAGUGGAGGAUGCCAAGCCGUUAAACAGCAUACGCUGCUGCAGCGCCUUGUGGAUCAGCAGCUGCAACACGAACUGGUAA